AUGGCUUCUGUGAGGAAGGUCACUGACAAGCGGCAUAACCCAGUGGAAAGCAUUUGUAGAAAAAUCAGAGCCAUCCAAAAGAGAGAAGAGAUUUCAGAUCCAGUUCGACAGAUUCUCAAAUACCAAUCUAGCAAUUUUGAUAGUCCACAGAUUAAUACCAAGAAAGAUUUUGAAGAGGUACUGAAGACCAUGGGUAUCACUCCUAUUCCCUUGCCCAACACUUCUUUCUCAAGGACCGAGAAAGACUAUGUCAUCGUUACAUCUCCUCAAAUGAUGUCUCCAAGAGCCCCAACCAUUUCUCAUCUCAGCUCUCCCAAGACUGCAACGUACCCUGUUUCCCUCACAAGUUCUGAAAACCUCUCAAGGCCAAGAUCACAGAACUCUCAGAAUCUCACAUCACAGACCAGGAAAGGGGAGUGCUUCUCUAACAAGAAUUUGAAUAACUAUUAUAGUGAAAAUAACUUUAGUGCCUCAACACCUGACUUUGAUUCAACCUCUGAUAAAAACUCUGAAUGUUACACUCCUCAGGAAUCAGUGGUGAAAAACUUAUCUCUAAAUGAAGCUGGAUGGAAACUAGGAAACUAUAAUGUCAAAGAAGAUGUAACCUACAGCACUAGCAGGACCUGUGAGGAGUUACUCACAAGUAUUUUUCAUGCAUGUGACACAGAAUGUAGAGGUUCAGUUGGAGUGGCCAAAAUAAUAGAUUACUUGAGACAAGCAACUAGUCUGAAUUCUGAAGCUACUGGACUUGAGGAGCUAUGGGACAUGCUUGAUCCUGAAAAAAGAGACCUGCAUGUGGACCUGGAAACUUUUCUUGCCACCAUGGAAGAAUGGAUGGCUUGCUGUAGAAACAAAUGGGAAAGAAUGAGUAGUGAAUCGAGUGGCAGGAUCGAUGAUUCUGUUUUUGAACAGGACACUAUAAAAUCAAGUAGGGCAAUUAAGAUGACCACAGAUAAAACAGAAUCUACGUCAUGGAGCUUCGAGGCUUUGGGUGGAGAUAUGUCUAAAGGAGUCUUAGAGAUGUCUGAUUUGAUUACCUAUGUAGCAGACCUGCAUUUUAACAAGCAGAAAUUGGAAGAAGAAAAUAAUAAGUUUAAAUUGGCAUUAGAAACCUUGGAAGAAGCUAAUUGCCAGCUAUCACAGGAUUAUACUGAAUUGCGCCAUCAGAUAAAAAGUGCCCACCAGGCUAUUAAGAGAACAAAUCUGUUAAAAGAAGAACUGGAGGAACUGAAAGUUAGUAUGAAUGCUUCUGAAGAGCAGAAGACCAUUACUGUAGCCCAGAACAAACAAUUAGAGACAGAAAACCGGGCUCUGAUUCUUAAGAUUCGGAUUCUCCAAGAAGAGAAUACUAAGAACAUUAUGGAUAUAUAUAAAUUGGAAAAGAAGAUUGAGGAAUUGUCUAAAACUGAGAUAGAGUACCAAAUGCAAUUACGUACAUAUGAGAACACCUUGCUUAAUAAAGAUGCAAGUCUGCAGAAGAAGGAUUUAAGUAUAGAAGAACUUAAGUCAACCAUCAUAGAAUAUGGAAACUUUAUAGAGAAUUUACGAGGGGAUAAAAACAAACUGACUCAUGAAUUACAGCACUUGCAACAGGAACUUAUCAUAAAUGGGAUCCAGUUGAAUGUUAGUGGAGAGCGUAAUAGUAUCAUCUCUGAAGAAGAAAAAUCUUUACAUUGUGAACUCGUUCUUGCUCAGUCUGCAGAGUUGUGGAAAAUUUGAUAAUUGUCUCAUAACAAUGAAACUGAGUGGCAGUGCAGUUUAUUUAGCUUGUCAUCUCUGGAUAUCAUGAUGGACCAAGAAAUGCUGCUAGUACUAAGAAAACUUGAACAAAAGGGAGUGGAAUUCACAGCUAUGCUUCAAAAAGCUGGAAUCCAUGAAGAAGUUUCUAAAGUUGAAACUCUCAUGGAUAGCUCUCUGCAGUGGGUAACUGAUCCAGAAAUUACUGUGAAAAAGAAGUGGGAGAACAAGCUUGCUGAAUUUAAAUAUAUAAUGGAAGAGAAACUAAAUCUUUGCAUAUUAAUGCUGAACAGCUUGGGAAACCGCAAAGAGUCUCUUGAUAAAGAAUUUGUCAAAUUAAUAGAGAUUUUGAAGAGAUUCAGACUGGAAUAUUUUUAUUUCAGAAAAGAAUUCCUUUCCAGACAGAAACGACUAGAAGCCCUUGAACAACUGCAAGAAGAUGCUGUCAACCAGGAAUCUGUCCUUAGGAAGAAGGUCCAAGGAACCAGCCAAUGGCUGGGGGACAGAGAGAAGCAGGUAGGGCAGCCUUUGACUGCUUUGUAUUCAGGGGAAGUUUCCUCAGAUGUACUUGAAACCAUGAAGUAA